GCGUGCGACCUAUAAUUACAGUGAGAUAUGUGUAGGUGGAGGGGAAACUAGGAGUUAUAAAGCAAUGCACUUUAGUUUGGAAAUGGAAGAACAUGUACAGUUUUAAAUUAUGUACAACUUUAGACUAAUUAACAAGAGUCGCCCCAAAUGUAUUUUGUGUUUGUAAUUCAUUUGUACAGGGAUGGCAGUAAGACUCCCACUGCAUAGCAGUUGGAUCCAUUCCUGCUUUUAGUACUAUGAGUUUAAGACACACAUGAGCGCGUUACCUAUACCCUGGGGCUAAUCAAACCGACCCGUGAUAUCAAGCGGGUCCUGCCUGUAUUAGUCAUUAACAAUGCGAAAUUCCAAAACAACCGCUGCACAGAAUAAUGAACAAAGUAAACGGGGUGCAUUCACCUGGUUUAACGAGCUCUGCCCGUCGCAAUGUUUGCAAAACAAUAACAAAUGCCUCCUCGCUUGGCUUCCUUCUUCCACAAACUUAACAUAUUUGAAAUGUAUUUAACACCUCGAUUCAUAAAAGCUCAUUUAAUCUUGUAUUUGUUUUCUGUGUACCAUUCAUUUUGAUUGUACUGUGCAUCCCCUCCAGUCUGUUACUGCUACAGGGAAUGUGUCUUCUGUUUGUGUGGAGAGGCUGGGUACCUGCGCUCCCUCACAUCCUCAGCCUUGUUUUUUUUAUUUUUGUAAACCCGUGUAGCUGCCGUGUGUCGGGGUCAUUUGGAUCAACGGGGGGUAUUAAAGAGGCUGAGUCAGUCUAGACAUUUCUCGAAAAACAACUGCAUCCCACUCCCAGAUGAUAUCUGUGGAAACAGCAGAGCGCAGAAAGAGGUUUGCAGGACUCUCUUACAGCAGACUGGAGAGGAGGCGAGGGAAGGCAACAUUGAAGAAUAACAGGACACAGCACGUGAAGCCCACCCAGCAUGACCAUCAAACACAAUUUCAGAUGAAAUCAGCAGGUUGCUCGUAUUUGACCACUAGAUUUGACUCCCAUGACACUGAGAAUACCAAACUAUGGACAAGAAAACAGCAACUGGCCUUUCAUCUAAACCAUCUGAGCACGGAGACCAGCGGAAGCAGCUCCCCUACUCUGUCGAGACUCCAUAUGGCUUCCACUUGGACCUGGAUUUCCUGAAGUAUGUUGACGACAUCGAGAAAGGCAACACCAUCAGGAGGGUUCUCAUUCAAAGGAGGACCAAAGCCCCGAAGUUCAGCACCCUGCCCAGGAACUUCAGCCUCCCGGAUAACAGCUCCAGAUCCCUUCCCAGGGAAAGCUGGACUUCCACUUGCUCUCUCGUGCCCAGAAGCACAUCCAGGGAUGUGGAGGUCCAGCAGAUCUUCGAGUUCCGUGCGGCUGCCCAUGUUUCUGUAGGAGUUUCUCCAAGAGCCCCGGGUGUCACGAGCAGAUCAGAGAGAGCUGCCGCAGGGGAUGUCAGGACCAGAGCUUUUGAUGAGCAGCCACUGGGCUUUAGGGUUAGACCGCAGUUGUUGAGGGCUUCAAGCAUGCCUGUUACUGUCCUGCAGAGAAAGAACUCUGAGAAUUCAGAAGAUCAAACCGAGCCGCUUCCCGGACACAGCACCAAAGACAAUGGCUCAUCCGAAAAUGUGUUUUGUUCAAAUGAUUGCUCCUCCACCCAGGAGACAGCCAAGAACUGUGAAGCUGUCUUAACUUCGGAGGUCAGCAAUCUCCGGCAGCAACUCGCAGCUGCUUUGCAAAGGAUCAAAGUGCUGGAAGAGCAGGUGAAAACAAUUCCUGAGCUAACAGAACAGGUGUCAACACUGACGGAAGAGAAAGGCAAUCUCAUUCUACAGCUCAACCGUCAGCUUGCGGUUUCAGUGCAAGGAUUUCCCCAGACUACUGGCAGUGAAAACACAGAACACGAAAAACAUAGUUUGCAUUCACUUACAAGCAACAGUACAGCCAAAAAUCAAAUUGCAUCUUCCACAGAUGUGUUAGCAUCUGCAACCCCAUUGACUACAAAGGCAAGUGAAGAUCACAGUCAUUCUCAGCAGCAGAAAAUAAGCACUGAUCACAAAGAACUAGCCAGCACGCCAAUGGGAUCUUCAUUACAAGACGUGGCUGUCUGUGUCACUGAAGGAGGGGCAGGUUCAGCAGCUCAGAAGACUAACAGUGAUACAGAAGCUCUCACCAGUAUAGCACUGAGGACAAAACUCACGGUUCUAGAGAAGCAGUUAAGUGACACAACUAAAGAGCUUGAGAAAGCAAACACUCUCCUGAAGCAGAAAGUGGAAGAAAACAAGGUGAAAGAGCUUAUGCUUGAGCAACAGUCAGAGCAGGAAAACUCUAGUCCCCAGCUGAAAGGAGCUGAGGUGGGGGAGCAGACCGAAGAAGUAGUGAAGAGCAAGCAGUCUGAUUAUGUUCAGCGCUGCAAUGCCUCAGUGAACACAGAAGCCAGCUCGGAAGUAAAGACGUUCUCUGACAAAGGCACCACCACAGACAUGCAGAUUCCAACCGGGUCGGUAGAAUGUGGCGCUGGUACAACCAUUACUGAGACACCAAAGAAAGAUCUGAGAAGCUCGAGCAUUCAAACAGACUCUUUGGAAGUCAGGAGCGUUGGAGUGGUAGCAUCUGUCCAGACUGGGGAAAAAUCAAUAGCAGCUACAGUCAGUGCUUGUGACAAAACCAUUGAAACCGAUCAACCAUUGAUCCAUGUCACAUGCAAACCUGUUGAAAAAAAAGUAGCAGACCUGGAAAAGGAAAGUGAAUGCAUGAAACAAUGUGCCUCUAGCAGAGAGUCUGACCUCACGUCUGUUGUGGGUGACUGUAAAUCUAAGGAAGAGUGCGUCAGGGAAGUGGCACAGGAUUGCAAGAAAGAAGGCAAGGGUGACCGUGAAGAACCAAUGCCAUCUUCCUCAAUGCAGGCCACCAUAGGACACUAUGUCACAAAGAUCCAACAGCUUUUGCACGAGCAGUGGGCGGUUUUGGAGAACGGCUACCCAGAACUUACCAGCACACUAAAGCAGCCAGCUUCAAAGAUCAGUUCAAUCCAGGAGCAGCUGGUCAGCUCUCUCAACGCACUGUCCUCCAUGUACUCUUCACAAGCAGAGAAAGAGGCAACCAAUGGGAGCAGUGCUCAGCAAGCAGGGAGCCCCCCAGCUACAGCUCUCAAAUCCAUCAUGAAGAAGAAGGACUGCAGCGUCAGCGCAGGGAAGAGCGCAGCGAAGAAGAAUCUCAAGUUUGUUGGCAUCAAUGGGGGCUAUGAAACGACUUCGAGCGAGGAGUCGAGCGGUGAGGACAGCAGGCAGGACAGCAGCUCUGGCACGGAGGAUGGCAGCUCAGUACCCGGUGACAGGGCCAGCGAGAGGUCAGCCGCGGGGGUCAUGGAAACACGGAUUGCUGCUGAGGAGGCCAGCGGUCUCAGCUGCCUUCAAGACAGCCAGGCUGAGGAGGCUGACAGGGAAACAGUACAAGAGAAUUUUCUGGCUGCCUGUCAUUACCUGAAAGAUCACCUCACAGAGACUGCGUUCCCCAACAAGGAGAUGAGGCAGUGCCUGCGCGUGGUGUACCAGGAGUGGUUCAGAGUCUCCAGUCAGAAAGCCUCCUCGGCCGACAGCGUGGCUGGGUACCUCAGGGAGCUGCAAGCAAUGACCCCGGAGCUGAUGGGUUUCAUUGUGAACCUGGCAGACGGGAAUGGAAACACUGCUCUCCAUUACAGCGUGUCCCACUCCAACUUCCACAUUGUCAAGCUGCUGCUGGGUACAGGGGGGUGCAAGGUGGACCAUCAGAACAAGGCUGGCUACACUGCGAUCAUGCUGGCUUCACUCACAGCCACGGAGUCCCAGGAGGAGAUGGAGGUGGCCUUGCAGCUUCUGAGACAGGGAGACAUCAACACCAGAGCCAGCCAGGCUGGUCAGACGGCCCUGAUGCUGGCGGUCAGUCAUGGCCGGACGGACAUGGUGAGGUCCCUGCUGGCGUGCGAGGCUGACGUCAACAUCCAGGACGAUGACGGCUCCACGGCGCUCAUGUGUGCCUGCGAGCACGGCCACGCGGAGAUCGUGCGGCUGCUGCUGGCCCAGCCAGGCUGCAGAGCACAGCUCGCCGACAACGAUGGGAACACUGCUUUGUCUAUUGCACUGGAGGCCUCCCUCUCAGAGAUUGCUGACCUUCUCUAUACCCACGCAGGCCAGAGGGACUCUCCGGCUUCAUAGCAACUCCAUCCAAAGCCUUUCUCUUAUUCCGAGCCGCACAGCUACACAGGGCCUACUCAGCAGAGCCAUACAGCUCCCACGAUCGCCUCUAAACAGGACUUCAGAGCAGCGUCUGGAUUGAAGGAGCUGCUUCCAAUAUUUACUGUAUGUGCAUUCUUUCUAUGUCCUUAGCAUUGUGCUAAUGCCCCUCGUACACGGAUUAGAACCACGCGAGGGACACGCAGCAUAGCUAGCUAUGAGGUGGGGCUGUCGUGUUCCUGUGUGUUGCAAGCGCGCUGCUCUUUGCCAUGUUUGUGGAACAGCGCUGUUUCUCCGUGUAAUCGUGACCAACCCGUACCUGCUGUGUGUGAAGAAGAUGGGCUGAUUACACAGUGACUUGGGAGCAGAAAUAAAUACAUUUUAAUAAAACUAGCAGAGACUUUGAUGAAUUUUGUUUCUUUUUUUACAAUUAACAUCACGUACAGACAUUCUAGUUGUUGUGGAGGGUACACUCUGAUUUUUUAUAUUUUUAUUAUAAAUGCCCGAGUCCUGUACUUCUCGUAUUCCAGUUCUGCACUUUGCUUCACCUGGUAUUCAUGACACUGAAAACUAUACCCCUCCGACACUGAAAACCAUAUCCCUUCAACACUGAAAACCAUACCCCUGCUCCACUGAAAACCAUACCCCUCCAACACUGAAAACCAUACCCCUUCAACACUGAAAACCAUACCCCUUCGACACUGAAAACCAUACCCCUUCGACACUGAAAACCAUACCCCUCCGACACUGAAAACCAUAUCCCUUCAACAAUGAAAACCAUACCCCUGCUCCACUGAAAACCAUACCCCUCCGACACUGAAAACCAUACCCCUUCGACACUGAAAACCAUACCCCUUCGACACUGAAAACCAUACCCCUUCGACACUGAAACCUAUACCCCUGCUCCACUGAAAACCAUACCCCUCCGACACUGAAAACCAUACCCCUUCUACACUGAAAACCAUACCCCUUCUACACUGAAACCUAUAUCCCUGCUCCACUGAAAACCAUACCCCUUCUACACUGAAAACCAUACCCCUGCUCCACUGAAAACCAUACCCCUUCUACACUGAAAACCAUAUCCCUGCUCCACUGAAAACCAUACCCCUGCUCCACUGAAAACCAUACCCCUUCUCCACUGAAAACCAUAUCCCUGCUCCACUGAAAACCAUAUCCCUGCUCCACUGAAAACCAUACCCCUUCUACACUGAAAACCAUAUCCCUGCUCCACUGAAAACCAUACCCCUUCUACACUGAAA